AUGGAAUGAGUACAUGGAUAGCAAUUUGAUAGAUAUCAUGGAUACUAGCUAAUUAUAGCUAAUCAUAUCCAGAGAAGCAAGAAAGUGAAAAUUUUAAGAUGUGGAUAUACCCUUAAGAUUCCGGAGACUUUGCUUCUCAGACAUCCUGUAUAAAUUGGCGCUGCCUAAGCCACCACAAUCACCACGACCCCUCUCUCUCUGUCCCUCUCGUUAUCAAUAGUUCUCUCUACUUCCUGCUCCUCCGCUCCUGUUCACGUAACGUACCGUAACGGUGAGAUUUUAACCACACGUUUAUAAUAUUUCGUCAUUCAAAUUCACAAACAUAUAUGUAUAACCUAAGAUAUAUUUUGUAAAUUGUUAAAUUAUUUGAUCACUGAAGAUUUAACUCGGUUAACAAGACUUUUUGUAAGAUGGUAUUCAUAAAUUAAAUUUGUCAUAAUGUGUUAACACGUGCAAAGGCGAUACUUAAUAGACCGUAAAUGUAGAUUAGUAUUAGAAUAAGUAUAAAUGUAGAUUAGUAUAAAUAGAAACAAUAGAGUUGAAAUAUCACUUCUGCUGGAUAAUGUUACGUUGAAAACGCCAUAUAGGUCACUGGUAUCUAGAAGGCAAAAUUUAAAUAUAUAAUACUAAAGUUUUAACUCCUGAAAGCAGGAGAGACAAUAAAAACUGAGAUGGCUGAACAACAACUAGGAGUGCUGAAGGCACUUGAUGUUGCGAAAACGCAACUUUACCAUUUCACGGCGAUUGUAAUAGCCGGAAUGGGUUUCUUCACAGAUGCUUAUGAUCUGUUUUGCGUAUCAUUGGUGACCAAGCUUCUUGGCCGCCUCUAUUACUUCAAUCCACUGUCAGAGAAGCCUGGCUCACUUCCCCCUCAUGUUGCGGCUGCGGUCAACGGUGUGGCUCUCUGUGGGACCCUUGCUGGUCAGCUAUUCUUUGGAUGGCUAGGUGACAAACUUGGUAGGAAAAAAGUGUAUGGUAUCACAUUGAUCAUGAUGAUCGUGUGCUCCGUUGCUUCUGGUCUCUCUUUCGGUAACAAAGCCAAGGGUGUCAUGACCACUCUUUGCUUCUUCAGGUUUUGGCUGGGAUUUGGUAUUGGAGGUGACUACCCUCUUUCUGCCACCAUUAUGUCUGAAUACGCUAACAAGAAGACCCGUGGUGCUUUCAUCGCUGCCGUGUUCGCCAUGCAAGGUGUCGGGAUCUUGGCCGGAGGUUUCGUGGCGCUUGCAGUAUCUUCCAUAUUUGACAAGAAAUUCCCAGCUCCAACAUAUGCAGUCAACAGGGCUCUCUCAACGCCUCCUCAAGCUGAUUAUAUUUGGAGAAUCAUCGUCAUGUUUGGUGCUCUACCCGCAGCCUUGACUUAUUACUGGCGUAUGAAAAUGCCAGAAACUGCUCGUUACACUGCUUUGGUUGCCAAGAACAUCAAACAGGCGACACAAGAUAUGUCCAAGGUUUUACAAGUGGAACUUGAGAUGGAGGAAAGAGCUGAAGAUAUCGUUCAAGACCCUAGACUUAACUAUGGCUUGUUCUCCAAGGAGUUCGCCAAACGACAUGGCCUUCCCCUCCUCGGAUGUACCUCGACUUGGUUCUUGCUUGACAUUGCCUUCUAUAGCCAAAACUUGUUCCAAAAGGAUAUUUUCUCCGCUAUCGGAUGGAUUCCAAAGGCAGCAACCAUGAACGGAAUCCACGAGGUUUUCAUGAUCGCCAGGGCACAAACCCUCAUUGCACUUUGCAGUACCGUCCCUGGUUACUGGUUCACGGUCGCGUUUAUUGAUAUUAUGGGAAGGUUUGCAAUCCAGUUAAUGGGAUUCUUCAUGAUGACCGUUUUUAUGUUUGCCAUUGCCUUUCCCUACGACCACUGGAUUAAACCGGACAACCGUAUCGGUUUCGUGGUCAUGUACUCCCUCACUUUCUUCUUUGCUAACUUUGGACCAAAUGCAACCACUUUCAUUGUCCCAGCCGAGAUCUUCCCUGCCAGGCUAAGGUCCACAUGCCAUGGUAUAUCAGCCGCAACAGGUAAGGCUGGAGCCAUUGUGGGAGCUUUUGGAUUCUUAUACGCAGCUCAGCCACAAGACAAGACCAAGACGGACGCAGGAUACCCACCGGGUAUUGGAGUCAAGAAUUCGUUGAUCAUGCUUGGUGUCAUUAACUUUGUUGGUAUGCUCUUCACCUUCCUCGUCCCUGAGCCCAAGGGUAAGUCCCUUGAAGAGCUCUCCGGAGAGACUGAAGUUGAAAAAUGAUUAAGGCGUCAUAUUUACAGUUCCUUUUAUUGCUUCCGGUUAACUAACUCUUGUUUAACAAUUUACUGUGUUUUGGGAUGCUUGAUCUGUUGUUUGUAUUGGUAGCUUUGCCGAACCAAUCGGUGCACUAUUUUGUACAAGUUGUUCAGUUAUCAAAGAAUUUCCAAAAAUUAUAAGCCAAUAGAAUAAUUCUGUUGGAAAUCUUCAGCCCAUUUUCGACCAUUAUCAUUAAUGUCAAAUAUCUAUAAAAUAGAACAUGUUUCUUGUAGUGAUAGCUUUGCCGAACCAAUCGAUUUAAUUUUUUAAAAAUGGUUUAUUCUUACCCAGUUGACACUUACAAUUACUUCUAAUUUCUUGUGUUAGGAUUUGUUCAAGCUGUUCGUUAGAUCUUUGCAUUUUCAGUCUUUUCCUUUUUGGCUUUGCUCCUCAAGUAAUACGUCCGCUUGCCAAAAACUCGGACAACACAUUGAAGACUUAAUUGAUCAAAACAUAUGAAUUCACGAGUGGGUUAGACGUAUACAACGCCAACAAGCACAAAAAAGCACAAGUUCUUCUAUCUCUUGCUCUCCUAGAGUCCAUGGCUAGAAAACGAAGUAAAAACCAACUGAAGUUGCACUGUUUCCAUCUAAGUUGCCGCGAUCAAUUAAUUGGUCAUAGGCCAUUUUAAGUUGGUUAUGGGAGAUCUGGUCAGCAUUAGGUUGAAGGCAAAGGGAAAUUUACCCAGUCUUGAAUCAUAAUUUUUCAGAACUCUUCACUAGCUCUUGAAAUUUACACAAAUAUAGUGAGUUCUUCAAAACCAAUGUUUUUAAACCCGACCCGGACACUAAACCGGACGACUAACCGGAUCACUGGGUCGACCGCGGAUGAACCGCGGGUUGAUAAAUGAAUUAAUUUUAUUAUAUAAUAAUAUAUUAGCUAUAAAAAUAUAAAAACUAAAGUUUAAUAUUUUCUAAAUGUCUUUAAAACAUAAAAUAAUAGUUUGGAUAUGUAUAUAUUUUAUGUUUAAAAAGUAUUUAAAAAUACUUAAUUUUAGUUUUUAUAUUUUUAUUUUCAUUUGACAUAAAAAAUAUCAAAAAUUGUUUAGACUAUUUAAAAAUUUGUGUAACAAAGUAAGAGUUAUGACAUCUAUCAUAUAUAUUUGCCUGAUACGGUUUUCUUGGAAACACUCGAACUUGUGCAGGGAACCUGUAUCUUAACUCCACACCUGCAACCAAGUUUUAUUUGACACCGAACUCCCUGAAAUCAAAGAGUUCACGAGCAGGUAAGAACUGAAACUGUUCUAUUUAGAUUCUUUUUAGUAGUCAAUAACCAUUGGAUUUCUUUAUUUUAAGAUUCCGUGUUGAGCUUGCUGUGGAUGAAGGCCAAGAUAGCGCUACGUUUGUAGUCUUCGAUAAGAAGAUGACUAAGCUCACAAAGAAAUAAGCUGCUGUUCUUGCGCUUGAGGAGCUACUAACCGACUACAGAUAGCAAACGGAGGAGUUACCAAGCUGGCUUGAAGAGCUUACUGGCAAGGAGCUUCUGUUCAAAUCCGUGUGAUACCCUACAAUUAUUAACUAUCACCGAAGAACUCAUCAUUGAGAAUCAGCCAGAGAGGGCCGCGAACGACCUGCUUCCACUCAGUGAAGGGGAAGAUGGUUUAUCGACAGCAUCUUCUUGCGAAAUGGUUGUUGCGGUGAAGCUAGGAAGGGUGGUGACACAGCAAAUCCACCUGGAAUUGAAAACGUUGAGAAAAGCCGCAACUGCAGUCGUGAUGAUUAUAAGACGCUAUUAAUUCCACCAGCCCGUCAACCCCAGUUUCAUUAAGUGUUUUUCAAAUAUUACUAUCCUCUGUUUUUCUCAUUUGAAACUUUGGUUUUGUAACUUUUGUGUUUUUUGUUUCCUGCAACUAUUUAUCAUUCGGAGAAUAUUUAUUUUGUUUUGUAAUUGGUUAUGAAGCGUUGACGGGUUUUUCAUAAUUCAGCAUAUUGUUUACGCAUUCCAUUAAAAAUUUUUGGCAAAAAACACAACGUUGGAAAAAAAAACACAAGAGCAGCAUAAACACAGCAUGUGUUAAUGAUUUUACACGUGGAAAACUUAUGUGGUCUAUGUGUUUUUAAAUCAGAAACAAAUAUCGAUUGAUUGAAAUUAUACGGGGGGAAAUGUUUUUUAAAAUAACAAAAAAUGGAAACACUCUCAUCUAUCGAAAAGGAGUACACAACCAUGUCCGGUUUAAAUCGCUAUAAUGUCUGUUUGGCGCACGCAUUCCAUAAUAUUAUUACUACGAAUUUAAUGUCUCAACCCUUAUAAAAUUAACGGAUGAGAAAAAGAAAAGGAAGCAAAAUAAAGACGACGUGUUAACACAUGAAUGAUAUGAAUGAACUUCUAACAUAAAACAAAAUUCUUCAGUCAAUUAUCAUUGAGGAUAAUAGAGUCCGUUGAGUACAAAAAUAAUAUAUUGAUUAUUGAUCUGGGUUAUAAUAAAAUUAUCAAAAAUCUAUGACAUCCUAAUCAGUUCAGAGGUCUUAUAUUUUUUAAAACAUUUAAAAACUCAGAAUACUGUUUAAAUAUAUAUAACGUAGAGAAAGAAAUAUCAAACGCUCCAACAGUUCAGUUUAUACGUGAGACCUUAGAGCUAUUAACGUGGUACUUUCAAAGCACCUCAAAUAAGUGUCUUCAAAACCAAAACACAACAUCACCCACGCAUAUUUCUAUAGGAACAAUUAUAUCACCGACCCCCGCGCUUGCGCGGGGGGAAUAAGCCCCUAGUAUUUUGUAAUGGUGCACUAUUUUGUACAAGUUGUUCAGUUAUCAAAGAAUUUCCAAAAAUUAUAAGCCAAUAGAAUAAUUCUGUUGGAAAUCUUCAGCCCAUUUUCGACCAUUAUCAUUAAUGUCAAAUAUCUAUAAAAUAGAACAUGUUUCUUGUAGUGAUAGCUUUGCCGAACCAAUCGGUGCACUAUUUUGUACAAGUUGUUCAGUUAUCAAAGAAUUUCCAAAAAUUAUAAGCCAAUAGAAUAAUUCUGUUGGAAAUCUUCAGCCCAUUUUCGACCAUUAUCAUUAAUGUCAAAUAUCUAUAAAAUAGAACAUGUUUCUUGUAGUGAUAGCUUUGCCGAACCAAUCGAUUUAAUUUUUUAAAAAUGGUUUAUUCUUACCCAGUUGACACUUACAAUUACUUCUAAUUUCUUGUGUUAGGAUUUGUUCAAGCUGUUCGUUAGAUCUUUGCAUUUUCAGUCUUUUCCUUUUUGGCUUUGCUCCUCAAGUAAUACGUCCGCUUGCCAAAAACUCGGACAACACAUUGAAGACUUAAUUGAUCAAAACAUAUGAAUUCACGAGUGGGUUAGACGUAUACAACGCCAACAAGCACAAAAAAGCACAAGUUCUUCUAUCUCUUGCUCUCCUAGAGUCCAUGGCUAGAAAACGAAGUAAAAACCAACUGAAGUUGCACUGUUUCCAUCUAAGUUGCCGCGAUCAAUUAAUUGGUCAUAGGCCAUUUUAAGUUGGUUAUGGGAGAUCUGGUCAGCAUUAGGUUGAAGGCAAAGGGAAAUUUACCCAGUCUUGAAUCAUAAUUUUUCAGAACUCUUCACUAGCUCUUGAAAUUUACACAAAUAUAGUGAGUUCUUCAAAACCAAUGUUUUUAAACCCGACCCGGACACUAAACCGGACGACUAACCGGAUCACUGGGUCGACCGCGGAUGAACCGCGGGUUGAUAAAUGAAUUAAUUUUAUUAUAUAAUAAUAUAUUAGCUAUAAAAAUAUAAAAACUAAAGUUUAAUAUUUUCUAAAUGUCUUUAAAACAUAAAAUAAUAGUUUGGAUAUGUAUAUAUUUUAUGUUUAAAAAGUAUUUAAAAAUACUUAAUUUUAGUUUUUAUAUUUUUAUUUUCAUUUGACAUAAAAAAUAUCAAAAAUUGUUUAGACUAUUUAAAAAUUUGUGUAACAAAGUAAGAGUUAUGACAUCUAUCAUAUAUAUUUGCCUGAUACGGUUUUCUUGGAAACACUCGAACUUGUGCAGGGAACCUGUAUCUUAACUCCACACCUGCAACCAAGUUUUAUUUGACACCGAACUCCCUGAAAUCAAAGAGUUCACGAGCAGGUAAGAACUGAAACUGUUCUAUUUAGAUUCUUUUUAGUAGUCAAUAACCAUUGGAUUUCUUUAUUUUAAGAUUCCGUGUUGAGCUUGCUGUGGAUGAAGGCCAAGAUAGCGCUACGUUUGUAGUCUUCGAUAAGAAGAUGACUAAGCUCACAAAGAAAUAAGCUGCUGUUCUUGCGCUUGAGGAGCUACUAACCGACUACAGAUAGCAAACGGAGGAGUUACCAAGCUGGCUUGAAGAGCUUACUGGCAAGGAGCUUCUGUUCAAAUCCGUGUGAUACCCUACAAUUAUUAACUAUCACCGAAGAACUCAUCAUUGAGAAUCAGCCAGAGAGGGCCGCGAACGACCUGCUUCCACUCAGUGAAGGGGAAGAUGGUUUAUCGACAGCAUCUUCUUGCGAAAUGGUUGUUGCGGCGAAGCUAGGAAGGGUGGUGACACAGCAAAUCCACCUGGAAUUGAAAACGUUGAGAAAAGCCGCAACUGCAGUCGUGAUGAUUAUAAGACGCUAUUAAUUCCACCAGCCCGUCAACCCCAGUUUCAUUAAGUGUUUUUCAAAUAUUACUAUCCUCUGUUUUUCUCAUUUGAAACUUUGGUUUUGUAACUUUUGUGUUUUUUGUUUCCUGCAACUAUUUAUCAUUCGGAGAAUAUUUAUUUUGUUUUGUAAUUGGUUAUGAAGCGUUGACGGGUUUUUCAUAAUUCAGCAUAUUGUUUACGCA